AUUGUUUACAAGUGGCGCCAGGAGGAGGCUGCGUGCACCCACCUGCAAGGUUUGUUCUCGCUGGGUGUCCUCCUCUUGCUGUCUUCUUGCACUGCUCUUACUCUCGGGUUCUUCUUGAUUUCCAAAUUAUAGUCGACUAGCAGACAUGGGUCGUCGCAAGUCAAAGAGAAAGCCACCUCCAAAGAGGAAGAAUAUUGAACCACUGGAUACGCAAUUUAAUUGUCCAUUCUGUAAUCACGAAAAGUCAUGUGAAGUUAAAAUGAAUAAACCAAGGAAUGCUGGAAGAGUUUCAUGCCUUGUGUGUCUGGAAGACUUCCAGUGUACUAUUAACUACCUCUCGGAACCUGUUGAUGUUUACAAUGAAUGGAUUGACGCUUGUGAAACUGCAAACUGAUCGAUUCAGUUUGUGCAAUUUUUUUUAUGUUCAUCUUAAUUAUGAAAUACUGUAGUUGAGUUAUACAAUAGACUUGUUAUAGAAAUAAAGGAAUUACUUGUCUGAUUUUUCGAAUUUCAUGUGUAUUGAGAAUAUAGCCUCAUGUUUAGUAUUGUCUAAUUACAAUAUUUUAUGAAUGAGUGGAAUAGAUAUUUCUAUGAAAACUGUAAGUUUCAAAACUGGAGGGUACUGUAGUUACAUACAGUCUCACUGGCUGUAUAAGAUACACGAU